CAACACCCCAGAUAGGAUCAUAGGUUACUAUGCAGGAUGGACAUCCCAGAUUAUCUGUGGCUCCUCGGGACCAACUAAUGCCCGGAAAGGGGGUCUCUUGCCACUUCCCGCACUUAUUGGUCUACGCCCGAUGAUAGAUAUUUAUAUUGCCCUGAGUCUCCAUCCGCAUCUCAUGUACCGUAUCGGACUGUUAGUCCACAAAAGUCCAUCGCCAUGCCUCCAGAAACUCAUUACUCGGCGCAAGUCGCCGAAACGUCACCAGAUGCACCGACCCAGCCUAAGACUCCCGAGCCCGACAGGACAACGACGACGGUCAUUGUGAUCAUCUCGGUGCUCCUGAGUAUGUUCCUCGUCGCGCUAGACAGAACCAUCCUCGCCACGGCCAUCCCCCGAAUCACAGACGAAUUCCAUUCUCUUACAAGCGUGGGCUGGUACGGGAGCGCUUAUCUGUUGACCUGCUGCGCGUUGCAGUUGAUCUUCGGAAAGAUCUAUACGCUCUUCUCGGUCAAAUGGACCCUCCUAUGGAGUAUUCUGAUCUUCGAAGCGUCUUCCGCCCUGAGUGGAGCGGCUCCCAACUCGACCGCUCUGAUCGUGGGACGAGCCAUCUGCGGUGUUGGUGCGGCUGGAAUCUUUGCCGGUGUGGUGGUCUGCAUCAUUCAUGUUGUCCCUCUCCAUAAGCGUCCCCAGGUCCAAGGCAUGUUCGGUGCCCUGAUGGGGGUUUCUUCGAUCGUGGGCCCGUUGAUCGGCGGUGGUUUCACUUCGAGCGUCACCUGGAGAUGGUGUUUCUACAUCAAUUUACCUGUAGGAGGCGUGGCCAUGCUCGUUAUCCUGGUCUUUUUGAAGAUACCCGACCAGCCUACCGCCCAGGCCCCCUUGUCCGAGAAGAUCAAGCAACUGGAUAUCCCCGGGACCAUCCUCCUGGUCCCGGGCACCGUCUGCCUUCUCCUGGCAUUACAAUGGGGCGGACAGACCUACUCGUGGAAUAACGGGCGGGUGAUCGCCUUGUUGACUCUGGCCGGCGUCCUCUUGGUCGGCUUUUCUGCCGUCCAAGUCCUCCUCCCGAGAACCGCCACUCUGCCUCCACGGAUCUUGAAGCAGCGUAGUGUAGUGGCGGCGUGCUGGACAACCCUGACCAUCAACUGUGGAAACUAUAUCAUCAUCUACUUCCUCCCGAUCUGGUUCCAAUCGAUCAAAGGAGCAUCUGCUUCCGAGUCCGGCAUUCGCACGCUCCCCCUGAUGAUCUCCAUGGUAGCCGGGUCCAUAAGCGGUGGCACCCUAAACACCAAAAUCGGAUACUAUACACCACUCGCCAUCGUCGGGACAUGCCUCAUGUGCGUGGGAAACGGGCUGCUCACCACGUUCAAGGUGGAUGCCAGCGCGGGGAAAUGGAUCGGGUACCAGAUUCUAUACGGUCUCGGCCUGGGCUUGUCAUUCCAGGUACCCAACCUAGCGACACAGGCCAGUCUGCCGAAGACGGACGUACCUACCGGGUUAGCGCUGAUGUUGUUCGUCACUCUGUUGGGGGCGUCGGUGUUCGUAUCGGCUGGAGAGAAUGUUCUCGCCAAUCAGCUGGUGAAGAGGUUGGCCGGGGUCAAAGGGGUUGAUGCCAGUAUGAUCAUCUCCGGCGGCGCCACUUCUUUGCUCCAAUCGCUCCCGGAUGAUGUGCGUAAUACCGCUCUUGUUGCAUAUAAUGAGGCGCUGAGAGAUGUGUUCCGUGUCGGUUUGAUCCCGACAUGUCUGAGUGUCCUCGGGGCUGUGUCCCUCGAGUGGAGGAGCGUAAAGAAGCCGGCAGGAAAGAUCUCUGCAGAGAACGGAGAGAAAGAGGCAAAGAACGUCGAGAAGGAGACGACUGAGAAAGCGUGAGAUUGGAACAUGUCCAGUGAUGAAUGAGCGUGCUGUACACUAG